GGCGUGACCAGGAACAGCCGUAUAUACGCUUCUUAUUGGGAAAUUUGUCAUCUACACUAGAUCUUCGGGUUUCUUUGAAGUAUUUUGAACAGUUAUAUUUGUAUAUCGUUAAAAUUAUAUUUACCUAUUUGAAAUACAUCUUGAGAAUUUAGUUCCAUUUCCCUGCAGCUAGUGCUCGCUGUCUGUGUCCUAUUGCUCGCCAGUGUUCGUCAUGGGUGAGGUGGAGCUCUCCUGUCGGGCUUAUGUGAAGAUGUACCUGCACGCUUGUCUGUUUCCGCGGUGCAGCAUCAACGGGCUUUUGCUGUCGUCAAGCUCGACAGGUGACGCUCUUUGUGUGACAGACUGUAUUCCCCUGCUUCACUCCCACCUACCCCUGGCUCCCAUCACGCAGCUGGCCAUUACACAGGUGGAUGUUUGGUGUUCACAGACUCAGCAGAGGAUAGUGGGGUACUAUCAAGCCAAUGCCUGCGCAUCAGACAGUAGCCCAACACCAUGUGCGUUCAAGAUCGCUGAUAAGAUUGCUGAGCAGUGUGACAAUGCUGUUUUGCUAAUGCUUGACGGCAGUAAGAUGUCACCAGAUUAUCGGGUUCCCCCCAUCGUGAUGUACGAGCGCAAAGAUUCAAGAUGGACGCUUAAAGAUAAACACAUGAUAAUGCUGAGACAGUGGGAGGAGACCCGGGCGAUAGCCGGCCAGAUGCUGGACUCGGGAGAUCACGUGCUCUUGGUGGAUUUUGACAGCCACUUGGAUGACAUUACAAAAGACUGGACCAAUCAGAAACUUAACACCAAGAUAGCAGAGCUGUCCUCACCUGCCAACGGGAACAUCUAGACUGAGAAAUAGCAUCAGUUAGUACUUGAACCCUGAAUUAUUUAUGUUCUCACCCGGCUUCAUCAUCAUCCUGUACAAAUGUGAUUUUUUUUUUUGUUAUUAUUAUUAUUAAAUAAUACACAACCUCACACUCAAAGUUCAAGAAGAUGUUUAUUUUAACUUCUGUGUCUAGACUGAACAAAUACAAACAUGCAUAAAUACCUAAAUAUUUACAUCUUGGUAGAUCUCUGUAGUCUUUCACCCUCUCCCUAUACUUGAGUGUGCCUUGCAGUUCAGCUCAACACCCUGCUGAUUUUAAACGAUUAAUCCACCUUAAAAUCACAUUUCACACCA